AUGGGUAUCAGUCGUGAUUCUCGCCACAAGCGCAGCGCCACCGGUGCCAAACGCGAUCAGUACAGAAAAAAGAGAAAGUUCGAGUUGGGUCGUCCCCCAGCCAUGACUAAGCUCGGUGGCAGACGUAUCCACGUCGUCCGUGUCCGUGGCGGUAACGUCAAGCACAGAGCUCUUCGUCUUGAGUCUGGCAACUUCUCUUGGGGAUCCGAGGGAAUUGCUCGCAAGACCCGUGUUUUGACUGUCGUCUACAACGCCUCCAACAACGAGUUGGUCCGUACCAACACUCUCGUUAAGGGUGCUGUCGUUCAGAUCGAUGCUACUCCCUUCCGUCAGUGGCACGAGGCCCAUUACGCUUCCUCCCUUGGCAAGAAGAAGGCCAAUGCCGAAGAAGUUACCGUCGAGAAGAAGUCUAACAGCGUCCAGAAGAAGAUCGCUGCCCGUCAGGCCGAUGCCGCUGUUGACCCCCUCCUCGAUGAUCAGUUCACUGCCGGUCGUCUUUAUGCCGUCAUUGCCUCCCGCCCUGGCCAGUCUGGUCGUUGCGAUGGUUACAUCCUUGAGGGCAAGGAGCUUGAGUUCUACGUCAAGAAGAUCAAGUCCAAGAAGCAGCAUUAAAAUUUUUAGUUGUCUCUCUCUCUUUAAUCUACAUGGUUCAUUUUUGUGCACGACUAGUUCCAAACGGUUACUUUUCUGGAAAUAAAUGUUCCUCCCCCUUGUGUUUAAAAAUCAUUCAAAAAUUCAUUAUGUUCGUAUUCAAAUAUUGUUUGUUCACUUGGAGUUUUGUGUGCUUUUGAUUUUGGGUAUAAGUAAAUAUUGCGUUCAAAUGAUUAAGAUGU